UUGCAUUUUUCAUUUCAAAUUCUACAGAUAAAUCUUCGAUUGAUCUUAGUAAGUGGCAAGACGAAGGAAUUUCAGUUAGCAGCAAAUUCUUCUGUGCUGGAUAUAACGCAGUACGUCUUUGAUCAUUGGCCCACAGAAUGGGAUGAGGAGCGCGUGAAUUCAGCUUCAAUGCUGAAGUUGAUUUACCACGGACGUUUCUUACAUGGAAGUGUAACUCUCGGAGCACUGUCAUUACCAGUAGGAAAAACAACCGUUAUGCAUCUUGUGACCCGUGAAAAUUUACCUGAAUCUAAUGCUAAUGGUAAUAUGAAGAAGAUGAAACGGAAUGCAUGCUGCCGCUGCUGUCCAUCAUGA